CAAGAGUUAUACCCUGACUGUAAUUGGAGAAGCCAGUGGUGCUGCUGGUGUUUUUCGGAGGCAGUUCAAGUUGAAUCAUUAAUUCUGCUAAGGUGUAAACUUCCAAGAUGUCAAAAACAAACAAAUCCAAGUCUGGGUCUCGCUCUUCUCGCUCAAGAUCUGCUUCCAGAUCUUGGUCUCGUUCGUUUUCAAAGUCUCUGUCCCGAAGCCGAUCUGGAUCUGUCUCUCGUUCAAGGAAGUGCAGGCUGAGUUCUAGGUCUCGUUCCAGAUCAUAUUCUCCAGCUCAUAACAGAGAAAGGAAUCACCCUAGAGUGUAUCACAAUCAAGAUUUCCGAGGUCACAACAGAGGCUACAAGGGCCAGUAUAACUGAGGUGGCUAUGGAAACUACCGUUCCAAUUGGCAGAACUACCGGCAAGCAUACAGCCCUCGUCAGGGCCGUUCUCGAUCCUGGUCCCCAAAGAGAAGGUCCCCUUCACCACGGUCCAGGAGCCACUCUAGGAACUCUGAUAAGUCAUCCUCUGACAGGUCAAGACGCUCCUCAUCUUCCCGGUCGUCCUCCAACCACAGCAGAGUUGAGUCAUCUAAGCGAAAGUCUACAAAAGAGAAAAAGUCCUCUUCCAAGGAUAGCCGGCCCUCUCAGGCAGCUGGUGAUAACCAGGGAGACGAGGCUAAGGAGUAGACAUUCUCUGGAGGCGCCUCUCAAGAUAUAAAAGGGUCUGAGAGCUCAAAGCCAUGGCCAGAUGCCACCACCUACGGCACUGGUUCUGCAUCACGGGCCUCAGUUUCAGAUCUGAGUCCCCGGGAGAGAAGCCCAGCUCUCAAAAGUCCCCUCCAGUCUGUGGUGGUUAGGCGAAGGUCCCCACGCCCUAGCCCUGUGCCAAAACCUAGUCCUCCACUUUCUAAUGCAUCCCAGAUGGGCUCAGGUGGUGCUGGAUAUCAAUCUGGAGCACAUCAAGGUCAGUUCGACCAUGGCUCUGGGUUUUUGAGUCCAUCCAAAAAGAGUCCUGUGGGUAAGAGUCCAUCAGCCACUGGCUCUGCAUAUGGUUCAUCUCAGAAAGAAGAGAGCGCUGUUUCGGGGGGAGCAGCAUACUCAAAAAGGUAUCUGGAAGAGCAGAAGACAGAGAAUGGAAAGGAUAAGGAGCAGAAACAAACAAAUGCUGAGAAGGAGAAGCUGAAGGAGAAAGGGGGCUUCUCUGAUGCUGAUGUCAAAAUGAAAUCUGAUCCAUUUGCUCCCAAGUCGGACACUGAGAAGCCCUUCCAAGGCAGCCAGUCACCCAAAAGGUAUAAGUUCCGGGAUGACUUUGAGAAAAAGAUGGCUGACUCCCACAAGGAGGAGAUGGAUGAGCAAGAUAAGGACAAAAGUAAGGGAAGGAAGGAACCAGAGUUUGAUGAUGAGCCCAAGUUUAUGUCUAAAGUCAUAGCCAGUGCGAGCAAAAACCAGGAGGAAGAGAAGCCAGGCAAGUGGGAGAGCCUGCAUGCAGGGAAGGAAAAGCAGAGGAAAGCAGAGGAGCUGGAGGAGAAGCCUUUCACAGAGAUAUCCCGAAAGGAGGAGUGUGGAGGGUCCAAGAGGAGCGACAGUGGACACCGGGGCUUUGUGCCAGAAAAGAAUUUCCGGGUGAUUGCAUACAAGGCAGUCCAGGAGAAAAGUUCAUCACUUCCCCCAAGGAAGACCUCUGAGAGCCGUUACACUGGAAACAAAGGAGACUUUUCCUCAGGGAAGUCUUCCUUUUCCAUUACUCGGGAGGCACAGGUCAAUGUCCGGAUGGACUCCUUCGAUGAGGACCUUGCACGACCCAGUGGCUUAUUGGCUCAGGAACGAAAGCUUUGUCUGGAUCUAGUCCAUAGCAACGAAAAGGAGCAGGAAUUCCGGUCCAUUUUCCAGCACAUACAGUCAGCUCAGUCUCAGCGUAGCCCAUCAGAAUUGUUUGCCCAGCACAUAGUGACCAUUGUUCAUCAUGUUAAAGAGCAUCACUUUGGAUCCUCUGGAAUGACAUUGCAUGAACGCUUUACUAAAUACCUAAAAAGAGGAAAUGAACAAGAAGCAGCUAAAAAUAAGAAAAGCCCAGAGAUACACAGGAGGAUAGACAUUUCCCCCAGUCCAUUCAGAAAGCAUGGUUUGACUCAUGAGGAAUUGAAAAGUCCACGAGAACCUGGCUACAAGGCUGAGGGAAAAUACAAAGAUGAUCCUGUUGAUCUUCGUCUUGAUAUUGAACAUAGUAAAAAACAUAAGGAGAGAGAUCUUAAGCGUGGUAAAUCAAAAGAGUCGGUGGAUUCCAGAGACUCUAGCCACUCAAGAGAAAGGUCAACUGAAAAGACAGAGAAAACCCACAAAGGAUCAAAGAAGCAGAAGAAGCACCGCAGAGCAAGAGACCGGUCUAGGUCGUUCUCCUUCUCUUCCCAGUCAUCUCACUCCUACAAAGCAGAGGAGUACCCUGAGGAAGCAGAGGAGAGGGAGGAGAGCACCUCAGGUUUUGACAAAUCCAGAUUGGGGACCAAAGACUUUGUGGGUCCGAAUGAAAGAGGCGGCAGAGCUCGGGGAACCUUUCAGUUUCGAGCAAGAGGGAGAGGUUGGGGCAGAGGAAACUAUUUUGGUAACAACAACAACAACAACAACAGCAACAAUGAUUUUCAAAAGAGAAGCCUGGAAGAAGAGUGGGAUCCAGAGUAUACACCCAAGAGCAAGAACUAUUACUUGCACGAUGACCGGGAAGGCGAGGGCAGCGACAAAAAAAAAAAAAAAAAAAAAAAAAAAAACCUCCAAAAACAAUCCAAACAAUCCAACCCUCUUCCUCAUAAUGCAGGAUUUUGUCCUAGGAAGCUAUCACUCUGCAGGGACAUUUACUGA